GCUGAAGGAACAGGAAGGAACUGGAAACAAGUGCAAUAUCUCCAUGUCUUUAUUCACCAAAGCAAGGAACAGAAGAGGUAAGGAACAAAGUAAUACGGAAGGAAUGAAGUCUUGAAGUUUUGAACCACCAUUCACCACAUAUUUAGUUCAGUUACAGGUAUUUAAGGUAAGGGCAAAGUGAAUGGAAAGAAACCUGAGUCUCUUGGUAAGUAUGGUGUAGUUAUUGGUAUUUGGUACAUUUUUGAUGGCUGUUAUGCUUUAUCCUUUGCUCUUGAGAGAUUUCAAAAGCAAAAGUGUUUGGCUUCUGUGUUUCACAGUGGCUUCCACUGAAACUUGUUACUUGUUGCUCCUGCUGGGCCCAGUUGCGUGUUUAUCUGGUACUUCAUAUUCCAGUGUGACUGAAAUCAGUGUAAUUAGGCUGUGAACUUGGACAUGAAAUAUAUACCCUUAAUAAAGAAAGCACAGUAAGUGUUAGCACUGUUUCAUGUGAUAAAAGGAUGUGCUAGAUACACUCUAUAUAGUCAAACAGAAAUACUUCACAUGCCUAGUAUGCUAAAGGCAAACUGUUAAGAUAUUGGAUGGCUUUUGGGUUGCACAGCACAUGUUAAUAGUGAACAAGAUGAUGUCUUUAAGUUUAUCUCUUGUUCAGUAUUUCUCCAAAGAUGAUGCAGAAAACCAGAUGUUUCCUGAGUUGCAUAAGUCUGCCUAAAGUCUUUUACUAGCUGGUGGUGAAGAAUGUUCCUGGAACGCUCAUAAGAAUGUGUGUAGCAUUGAGGGGGGAAAAAAAAUGCUGGAUGAAAGGGAAGUUUGAAAGACUUCUGAAAAAGCAUUUGAAUGAUGUCACCAUAUUUUGUCUCCACUGAUGCAUGUCAUGCUUUAUGAUUUCUGAAUUUUCAUAAGUAAGGUGAGACUCACAUCUACAAACUUCAUGUUCUGUCUAGGGCUUGUUGCUGUGGGAGAGAAGGCACAAAAGAGAUCUGGACAUUACGUUGUGAUGAAGGAUCUUUCAGGCAAACAUCCAGUUUCUGCAUUGAUGGAGAUCUGUAACAAAAGAAGAUGGUCACCACCUGAGUUUGUGUUGGUGGAUGAUAGUGGGCCUGAUCAUCGCAAACACUUCAUCUUUAAGGUGAGAGUCAAUGGAAAUGAAUACAGGCCCACUUUUGCCAGCCUUAAUAAGAAGCAUGCUAAAGCCACAGCAGCAACUGCGGCUCUCCAAGCGAUGGGACUUGUACCAAAGGAAAGCAUGGUCAAUACCACCAUGUUUAGGAGUGCCUCACACCGCUAGAUAUUGUUUUUUAUAUUGACAUUAUUUCAGAUAAUUUUACUCUGCACAAAAAUGGUAUUUGCCCUUUCAUGUUGUAAAUACAUUGGCAAUUCCCACAUUGUAAAAACUGUACAGACACCUUCAGGUUUUUCUUUUGUACCAUCAAAAUGUAUUUAAAUCAUACUUAGUUUUUGGUAUGUUUAUAUUGUUUACAUUAGUGAUGUAAUUAUUUCUUAAAUGACUAAAUCAGACGACAGACUCUGGAGGCAUCAGUAAUCUAAACCCUUGUUUUAAAACUCAUGCGACUUCUCCUCAAUAUGGAAUGUUAACACUUUCAUACUGUUUUGUACUAUGCUGCAGUUUUCCCUGGUCUCGGUAAAGCUACUCUUGCACUUUUGCCUACAGCUGGUAAAAGACCACGCAGCUUACCUUAGUCUAGUCGAGGCUGGCGUGUACUGCUGGGCAGAUACCGGGCCAGUACUGUGACCCCUGGGAGAGAGCGAGCCGUGGUAGCAGCCCUGUUGUACAGUGCUAACGCCGCCGCUUCUCUUGGAGUUUUGUUUGGGGUUUAACUCGGUGGUGCACCACAGCUGGCCGUGCAGCUCAUACUCUAGGACGUACGCGAUGAGGCAAAAGUCUUGCUUUAAAAGGGACGGCAGAAAGUCCAGCAGUGAAACCAGCGAGACUUUGAGAUGUAAAAGUGACUCUCCCUGCAUGUUCUGAGAAGGGAGAUGAUGGAGUUGUCUAUUCCAAACAAAUUAACACACUGCCUGAUGUUGAUUGUAUGGAUUUGUGGUUAAUGUGAAUUUUAAAGUCUAACAAAUCUACAACUGGAUUGGGGGGAGGGAGGGAAUAGAAUGAUGCUUAAAUUGUUGUACCCAACUUGGUCAAUAAAGCAGCACAAGUUCAUAAUCUUAAUCAGUGGUCAGUAAGCAGUAAUUAAAACCUAUGCCAAAAGAGUGAAGAAGCGCACAGUGCAAAUGUAUCGCUUAACAAGAGUAGCAACAGCCGUUAGAGCUGCGGAAUCUGUUCUAGGCAACUUCACUUGCUUUGGACUAUUACUAAACGAACUCCUUGAGCUUGCAUUUUCUGUAAUGGUACUCUGCCCUCAAGGAGACAAUCUGAUCCAGAGUUAUGGCAGUUUGAUAAGGGAAAGGACAUAGGAAGCUUUUUAUUUUUUAAUUUUUCCUCUUAAUUUAAGAAGUGUUAGUACUUUAGCUAUGUGCACUUUGAAUUGGAAAGGGCAUUGUACACCUUUUGCCAGAUUUGUCUGUGUUUUGAGCAGACUGCCAGGAUUGCAGCAGUACUUUAUUACUGUAGUAGUUCAGGUGCUUAUUUCCGAAAAGUCUUUGAGGAUUUUUUUGUAUUACAUCAACUGACCAGAGCUUCAUCGGGAACAGGAACAAAUUACAAUUUGUAUGCAGUAGGAUUGUGCUCAGGCCUAAAGUGAAUGACCUUUGCAAUGGCAGUAGGAUCUUGGAGGUGAUGAAUUAAUAGUAGCUCUUCUUCCGCUGAGUAAAUUAUUUGUGUGUGCUCUCUCUCAGCUGUUACUGAACAAGGUAUCUUCCUUUGCCCUCAGUGGACAAGUACCAGCGUCUCAUUUUGCAUACAGCAGAGAAAUGGUACUGUGUUCUCCACCACACACCCAAGAAAUAAAGCCGUUUAUUAGUCUGUCAAAGCACUCUAGAAAUGACAAAGGUUUUUUUUCUUUUUUUUUUUGUGGACGUAGUUGUCUCUAAUUAAAGUUUUCUCCCUUUGGCUUCUCAC